GACUAAGUACAGGACCAUCUUCAGCAGGCUCUUCUCCUGCCACUUUGCCGAAUGUGAUGGACAUCUCCUCAAGGUCUGUCAGCCUUCUGUUGCCGUUUUCCCCGGAGACGACCUGUGUUAUUUCUAGCGUGGAGAUCUUGCCCUGUCGAGGGCCGCGAUUUUAUGUUCCAUGCCACCCGUUGGAGGGAGCGGCUCACUGCUACAUGCAGGAGGGAUUGGCGGACUCUUGCCCGGUGACAUUGACGGGCUUCGAACCUGCUACGGCGGACAGGUGGGCCGAAAUGACUGUGAAGAUGGACAAGAAUGGAGUUGUGUCCGCAGUAGCCCGCAGCUGGUUCUCAGCCAAAAAAGUGGACGUCGUGAUCAACGCUGCGUGCUGUCGGCAGCUCACGAGCGAGGAGAUCUCGGCGAUCCAGAAAGACAUGGAAGAGUACAAAACCUGGGAGGAGGAUAGGAAGAGGAGGAAAGAGGCUUGGAAUGAGCUGCACACGUACGCUUCMGAGUUCGUUCAUCGAAGCCUCACCAAGCUGAGGCGCAAAGUGCAUAACGUCAUGAAUCAACUGUCAGACGUGAAGGCUUGGCUGGGGACGUUGAGUGGUAGUCCCCCACCUGUUCCCCAUUUCCGUUCUAGGAUGAGGAAGCUUAAGGUUUCGCUUGCGACACGCAAGUUCACAGUCAUCGGAGUCUUGAAUCCUACGGGUUGGUGUCGAUCGUGUUUCCUUAAGCCACUUGGUGAUAUUGCGAGCAGCCUGAGCUCCGCUCUUGCCGACGCCGAUGACGUGUGUGAGGUGAUUAUCUCAACGACGAAAGAUCGCUUUGGACAUGUUUACCCGGCAUGCAAAUCAUCGUGGAAGGUUGGACUUAACGUUUGUCCAAUCUGCAAAGUCGGAGCUGCAGGUUGGGAGAGGGUGAGAGGGUUCUCCACCCCGGUGGUCGUAGCAUGGAGGUGCGUCCACUGCUUUCCGGAGCGGAAUGCGUCCCACGAGGACAUCGGGAUCGCGGCAGGGCCUUUCGUGCUGGCAGGGCUGACCGUCGUGGUGUGCRUCCGUGAGASAUCGGUUGAUAAGCAGUCRGGAUCCYGGCCACUGCUUCAGCAGAUCGAGGCCAUACAUGCUCGCAUUGAUGGGAAAUGGACGAACGUCAUCRUUGCGUACAAGCCAAUGUGGCCUACCCAACGGAGCUCUGCGGAAAGAGUUGCAGAUGCGGCAGCGUCGCACGAGAUUAUUCGAAGCUGGAUGGCUGACAAUGUCAACGAGRAGACUGCGGCUCGAAUCCGCAUCAUUUAUGCGGGGUACGUUACUCGAGACAGCUGGCAUGCGCUGGCCGAGACGCUCGAUGUGGAUGGAUUUCUCAUUGAUCUGCAGGACACCAAGGUUGAUUUCGUACACAUCGUGAAAUCCGUAGUACAGGAGUCACGAGGAGGAGGAGGAGGAGGAGGAGAGCAAGCGCGGAAGUAAUAGAC